AUAUUUGUUCCACAUGUAUAUACUUACAAAUAAAAAUAUGCCUCAAAAGUAGUUAAAAACCUUUCAUUAAGACGGAUAUUAGCUCGUGAUGCUUAUCCAGCUUGAUUAGUUUGGACUGUGGACGCAGACAUGCAGAAAACUGCGUUUCACUGAAAACUAAACGCUGUUUGGUUUCUUUUUAUUCUCCAAAAAUAAACUCCGUAUAAGCCAGCAGUGAUGCUGCCGCUGAAGGAGAAGGACAAACCUAUCGUUCAGAAGCUUUUGUCAGCCGGCUGCUGCGCUCGCUGUGUCCUCAGGUUCUGCUGUGUGAGCGUCCAGGCUGCUUAUCGACAAGCACAGCAUGAGACUCUUAAAGAGCUUCAGACUUUCAUUAUGGAGAAGGAAAACAACAAAGUACAGGAUUCAGCAGACAUCAAGCCCCAUGAUACUGAGUCGUCUCAAACUGUUGAAGACCCUCCCUGUAAAAGGGCCAAACUGGAUCCCACAGAGGCGGUUCAGUCAGAAACAGACGAUGCUGCCAUGGUAACGCUGAAGAAGGAGGAGUCAAGUGUGUGUGCCUUAUGUUUGGGAAUCCUGCAGGAUUUAUGUGGCCCAGAUCAGGCAAUAAAGAUUGCUGAAACAGUGAAGGCCCAAAACUACGAGUUUGACACCCUUGUGUUGUCCGUCUCUCUGCCGGCUCAGCUCUGUGUGCGUGAGCACUCCUGUUGGCUCCAUGUGAAGAAGGAAGUCAGACAGAAAGGUUUAGUGCUCGAUAAAGAUGAUGUCAUCCAGGUGAAGGAGGCCUUCAAGUGGAUCAUGCAGGGUCUGGUCACAAAACAGCUGGAGGGUGUGGCUGUGGUUAGCAAGAGUCCGUUUGAGGUCGGUGUGGAGUUCACUCAUCCAGACACAGAAUCUGACUGCCACUUCCUAGCCAAAUGCUGUCCUGGCUGCUUCAAACCCACCAAGAACAAACAGUCGGUGUUUACCCGCAUGGCUGUGGUCAAAGCUCUGGAGAAGAUCUCAGAUGUGAAGUUUUUAGAGCAUUACCCCUGUCCACCAUCAGAGCCGAGCGGCAGCUGCACCCCUCAGGACAUCCAGUGUCUUCACGUCUCUGUCUUCAUAGCAGGGAGGUACAACAAGUUCUGCCGCAGCCUGCCUCAGACUCCCUGGGUGAUCGAUGGGGAGAGGAGGAUGGAGUCUUCCGUGGAGGAACUGAUCGCCGCACCGAUCCUGUCUGCAUUCAGGGCUGACGGAUUUAAUUUCUCCUCCUCGGGCAGAGAGGAUGUGGACGUCCGAACGCUUGGAAAUGGUCGUCCAUUUGCCAUGGAGCUGCUGAACCCACACAGAUCUCGGUUCAGCAAAGUGGAAAUGAAGCAGCUGCAGGAGACGAUAAACAAAUCCUCAGAUAAAAUCAGAGUGAGAGAUUUGCAGAUUGUAACCAGAGAAGCCAUGAGUCGGAUGAAGGAGGGAGAAGAAGAAAAGACAAAGUCUUACACGGCGCUGGUCUGGACUCAGAAAUCCAUCGAGAAUGAAGACAUUUCCUUCAUUAACGACAUCAAGGAUCUGACUCUGGAUCAGAAGACUCCUCUGAGGGUUUUGCACCGGCGGGCAUUGGCGAUCCGGCAGAGGGUCAUCCACAGCAUGAACGUCCGCUUCGUGGAUUCACAUCACUUCUACCUCGGAUUGAAAACUCAGGCUGGGACCUACAUCAAAGAGUUUGUCCAUGGAGAUUUCGGGCGCACUAAACCGAAUCUUUGUCUGCUGCUGAAGACCGACACGGACAUCCUGGAGCUGGACGUGGAGGUGAGAAAUGUAACGCAUAUAAAAGAAGUUAAAGGUGACCUAUGAUGCUUCCCUGAACUGGAUAGGAUAUGUUUAAGGGCUAUACAAAACAUUUUUAUUAUAUUUUAUGCACAAAAUGAGCUGUUUUAGGUCGUCUUGUCACUGCUGCUGCUGGCCACGCCCCCAACUCAACAUUUACACUCGCACGUGAAAAUGACUGCAAACAGGUCCGCAAUUAAACAACCUUAGAAAAGCAGAAGUAGAGCCUCCUGCACAGCCAACAAGAAUACAGCAAGAGGUUUCUGGAUGGAGAGUCAACAACAAAACAUUGGUUGUUUUCUGGCAUAGCUGACCAAAUGUGCUGGAACUCAGCUUGGGUUGCUAGGUGACAGGCAGAGAUCCACUGGUGGUUGCCAGGUAACAGGCUGUGAUGUUACAUUCAGAAGGUUUCUGAAUCGGUUCAUUUUCCGGACACAAAUAAACAUCAACUUGUUGCCAAAAAAAGGUGAUUUUUAAAAAAAGUGCUUGGUCUGUUUUUAGAAGCAAAUGUAAAUUUUAAAAAGUGCAAAAUGUGAAUUUUGCGUAAUACGUCUCCUUUAAAGAAACGGUUAAAAAUAUAAAUAAUGUGUGUUAAUGCUUUAAUGCUGAGUCUAACUGGUGUUUCUGUUCAGUCGGUGGAUGUGGACUGGCCUCCACCCAUACCAGAGUGAAGGAUCCCCUUUCUGAUCCAGAGUGGGCGCGGCUUUGACUGGUUCUGCACUGACUGGUUCCUGUGGGUGCUGCUGGAAGAUCUGGAACUGGAAACCUGGCGUCCAUCUGUUCAGCUCUUAAUUAGCUUUUCUGCUUGAGUCGACAUCGCAUAUGAACGUAUCUUCAGUUUGAUUACAUUAUGUAUUUAACAGCCCUGACUGGUUCUGUUGUCAUAUAUAUUUAAGUUGGGUCAAUUUUUGUAACUGAGUCCAUUUAAGGAUGUAAUAAAGAUCCUGGUCUAACUGUGACAAGUACACUAUCAAAAUGUCUUCCAUUACUUUUGCUUUAAAAUGAAUUUGUUUUGUUCAUAUAUCAUUUAAAAAAAGCGACACCUACGACUCCUUCAGCGUAGUCAUGGUAACCUGGUGUCGCUGCCACCAAUUGGCUGGACCUCUGUCGAAUUAGGUCAGCCACUUCAAAGGCGGUGGAAAUUUAUGCAAUCAGGUAUUUUAUGUUUUAUAUUUUGGUCACUAUUUUGUAGAAAUCAGUUUUCACUUUAAUGUUAAAAGGGAUUUUUAUAAAAGCGAUAAAAUGGUAAAACGUCCAACAGGGUGAAUACUUUUUAUAAGCACUGUGUGAAGCUACUGCAAAGCUGAUCACUUCCUUAAAUAAUUCAUGUCGUUUUAGCCAAACAGAUCAAAUAUCUACACAACCCAAUAACAUUUUUGUUUGACAUUUAUUUUAGAUUAUUCAACCCUGAAGCUCACCUACUUAAAGAUUUAUUUCUGUAAUUUAGGAACAUGGAGUCCAAACUUUUUGCCUUGGGCGACAAACUUGGUAAAUUUAAACUACUGGAGAGAUACAACAUUUAUUAAACUAAAAGCACAACAAUUAGCUUACUAUGAUUUUUUUAAAACGCUGAACGAUAAACCAAAUUUUUAUAAAAUCUGUAUAUUAUUAAAAAUCCAAAUCAAAUUAACUUUGGACUGUAAAAAAAAAAAAAAGAACAUUUCCAGAUUUUUGGGGUCAUCAAUUGUUUUCCAUUUUGCUGGCCAAAUUGUACAGUUUUUGACUUGUUGUCAGGGACCGAAACAGAUCAUUCCAAGGGCCACAAAUGGCCCCCGGUCCACACUUUGGACACCCCUGCUCUGAACCAAUAACAUCUUCAUGAUUUCAAAUGUGUGUUAUUUUUUUUCAGUUACAUGUAUCUUUUGUUCUGCUUUUAUGGAGGAAAAACACUAAUAAACAAAUAAUCUUAUUUUUGUCUGCUGGUUAUGGACAAAGAUUUUCCCAAAUAAAGAAGUCACAACUACAAAAGAAAAACCUGAAAUGUAUUUCUUUUAAUUUAAUUCAAAAUAAAUACUAACACGGCAAUGCAAGUCCACUACUGGGUUCUUGCCCUAAUGUUUUGGUAAGAAAACAAACAAGCAAAUGAUCCCAAAAAUAGAAGAAAAAAAAAAAAUCAGUUAAUCCAUCAUCACCUUUCA